AUGCCGGUGUUGGGGAUGGGCACAUCAGCUUCUCCACUAGAGGGAUCUGACGAAACAAAAACAGCCAUUCUUCAAGCAAUCGAGAUUGGUCACAGACACUUCGAUACAGCCACGUUAUACCUAACAGAGGAGCCACUAGGAGAAGCCAUUUCUGAAGCCUUAUCUCGCGGGCUGAUCAAAUCACGAGAUGAGCUCUUCAUCACCUCGAAGCUAUGGUGCAGUGAUGCUCAUGGUGAUCUUGUCCUCCCAGCCCUUAAGAAGAGUCUACGGAAUCUUCAGCUGGAAUACCUUGAUCUUUAUCUAAUUCAUUGGCCUGUGAGCUCGAGAUCAGGGACCUAUGAGUUCCCUAUAAACAAAGGAGACCUUUUACCUAUGGAUUUUAAAUCCGUAUGGGAAGCUAUGCAAGAAUGUCAAGAUCUAGGUCUCACGAAAUCCAUUGGUGUCAGCAAUUUCUCUUGUAAAAAGCUUUCAGACAUCCUAGCCUUUGCAAAGAUCCCUCCGGCAGUUAAUCAAGUAGAGAUCAAUCCAUUAUGGCAACAGAACAAGCUAAGGGAAUUCUGCGAGGCCAAUGGAAUCGUUUUGACAGCUUAUGCUCCUUUGGGAACCAGAGGAACCACUUGGGGAAGCAACAGGGUUAUGGAGAAUGAAGUACUGAGAGAGAUUGCAACUGAUAUGGGAAAGCGUGUUGCUCAGGUGUGCCUCAGGUGGGCAUUUGAGCAAGGGGUCUGUGUGGUGCUGAAGAGUUUCAACAAAGGAAGGAUGAAGGAGAACCUUGAGAUACUCAACUGGACAUUGAGCGAGGAAGAAUCCAGGAUGAUCGGUGAAAUACCCCAAAGCAGAGGAUGUCGCGGAGAAGAUUACGUCUCAGAAAAGGGGCCUAUCAAGACAAUUGAGGAGCUUUGGGAUGGAGAAAUUUGA